CGUUCGCGUCUUCGUGCAUUCGGCAAACCCACCAGUUUGCAGCCGUCAACAGCCCCCAAAAUUGACACGUCGCAGAAGACGCUUCACCCGCCAUGUCUAAAAUGGCGAACAUGGACCCAAACGCCAUCCUGCGCGGGGCACAGUUGACUCUUGUGGGCGUAAACCGCGCCCUCCAGAACCCCAACAUCUUCACAUCAGACAUCUACCGACAAGCUGCCCUUGCUGUUGCCGCUGGAAUUGCCAUUCGCGUCAUCGUCUCCGUCCCCAUAUACGGCGUGCAAGCGCUACUAUGGACUCUUUCGUUCGUGGUCGACAUGAGCCAGACGCACUGGGACGAAAGCAUCGUAAACGGAAUGCACUUCAUUGAGACUUCCGUCCUGCAGAUUCCCUUCUUUCUCAUGACUAUGAUGCGCUUCAUCACACCAACGUUCGACCUCAUGUUCAUGGAAUCGCUCGCUUGGGUCGAUCUCACCUACGUCCAAAAACACAAGACCGACGACCCCCGCAAUCUCCGUGCUAUGUACCAUGAGAAUCUGCAACAGUACCCUACACAUGCCCCGAAGACGCUCAAGGAGAAGAAGACGCUCAAGGACACUGUCAUCUUCGUCGCCACAAAGCAAGCAAGGAAGGCUGGCAUUUCUUUGGCAGUCCUAGCAUUGUCCUAUGUGCCCUACGUCGGGCGCUUCAUCCUCCCCGCUGCCAGUUUCUAUACCUUCAAAAAGGCUGUGGGUAGUCAGCCGGCAGCAGUUAUCUUUGCAGGCUCUCUUCUGUUCCCGCGGAGAUACCUAGUCUCGUUUCUACAGGCUUACUUCUCCUCCCGCACAAUGAUGCGCGACCUGCUCGAGCCCUACUUCACCCGCGUGCGUUACUCCAAGGAGCAAAAAGCACUCUGGUUCAAAGACCGCGCAGGCGUGCUAUUUGGCUUCGGACUAGCUUUCUACAUCUUCGCCAAGAUCCCACUCGUCGGAGUUCUCAUCUACGGCCUCGCAGAAGCUUCGACGGCCUACCUCAUCACCAAAGUCACCGAGCCCCCACUGCCACCCUCUGACGCGGACAAGUUCAAGCAGGAGUCGCUGCGUUGGAAGAACAAGCACGAAUUCCUCAAGGCGCCAUGGCAGAACAUGGAUGCGUACAAUAUUGCAAUGCAUAAACCUGCGGCUCAGUCUGACGUCAGGCAGACCCCAAGAAAGACAUUCAGUUGAACGCGGGGUGAUGAGUAAGGUGAGAGAUGAGAAUACACAUAGAUACACGCAUGCAUACAUACAUAUA